AAACCGCCGCUGGACACCAUCUUUUCCCUUCGCCUUCUUCACCAUUAUCCGCCUGCAAUUCCGCUGCUUCCCGACCCGUUCUUCUUUCUUUCCAGGUCAGUUCCUUUUCUCGUUGCCAUGAUUGUUUCAGAUUCCGAUUCGGCUACCCCAUCGUCCAAUUCUCGCCAAGCCGAUCAAUCGGCCUCUGGCCGUAACCCCGGCCGCACUCCAUCACCCCAGCCGUCACCGUCGGCCGUGCCCGGCCACAAACGGCGCCGAUUGAGGAAGCAAUUCCCUUCCUUAACUCCGGUAGAUGAGGGCUCGAGGGUUGGAUUGGACGAAAACAUCAUAGCGUUGUGCCAUUGUCAAAUCACUGACCGGGGGUUCGCCGAUGCUACUGACAUGGUUGGUCCCUCCAUUGAGGUCAUGAGACCUACCAGUACUCAAACUGCUCUAGACGCACCCUCGGGGUUCUUCACGGUCCAUCUGGCGUCUUUGAAGAAGGGGCUGCGCUUCCCACUCCACCCGUUGUUGGUCGAAUUCCUCAACGUGGUGGACCUUCUUCCGUGCCAACUGGUCCCCAAUUCUCACUGGUACAUCGCCGGUUAUCUGGUCCGAUGCAAAGAUGUAGGGGUGAAGCCGACCCUGGACCAUUUCAUAUUCACCUUCAAACUGACCAAGGGCCAUAAGGAUUGGGCGUCCUAUGCCACCCUUUCUCAGAGAUCCAGUAAACUCUUUGCGAGUGAUAAGAAGGGGUCAACCAAAGACUGGAAGCCUUACUUUGUCUUCGUUUCGACGGGGCCCGAAUCUCCUUUCACGGGUUCAGGGCGCCCUUCCUUUCGCCGCAUCCCAUGCCCCCCACCUGAUGCCACCCUCCUGUCCAUCACCCGCCAACUCUGCAAUAAGGGAGUUAUGAACAUCAAGGAGCGAACUCCUGCUCAGUCGCUUCACUGGAGGGAGGAAGAGGAAGAGAGAGAGACGAAGGGCCAGGGCAGACGCUCUUCGUCCCACCACGAGGGGAGUCCCUCCCGAGAGCCGGCUGUAAUUGUGGUGGAGGACCACGAGGAUGCUACUCUGGAGACCGGCACCAUGGCUGGCCAUUCCCCCCCUCGCUCUAUGAGGCCGGGUGGCAACCUCGCUGGGUCGUCACGAGGCAUUGCCUCGGAGCGACCUCCCGCAGUGACCUAUGAGGUGGCGACUGGUGGUCGCUCGACGAGACUUUGCAUUCCUCCUCUGCCCCAAAGCUUAGGGGACGUGCAACUGGAGACCCUGAUCACCUUGCCCGCGGAGGACCAAGCCCGCAUCUCGGCCGGUUCUGAGGACGACCUCGAUAACAUGGUCCUCUUGAGGCUAAGCCAGGUACUUGCGCUGAUUCUUCCUGCACUCGUCCUUUUUUUUUCUUACGCUCUUGACCCCCAUGCCUUAGUGCAGGCCACGCUGGGGAUGAUCGAGGUGGUUGGUAGGAGACGGGGUCGCCAGGCCGCCGCAGACGAGGCGAUGAAAACAGCCGAGGCCAAGCAGAAGGAGCUGCAGGAAGAGGUCGCUCGACUCACAAGGGAGUUGGAGGAGAAAGAGAAUCGCUGCGCGGCGCUUGCUGUGGAGAAAACUUCCCAAGAGAACCGCUGUGCCGCCCUUGAAGCAGACAAGGCCUCCUUGUCCUUGGAGAUGGAAUCUGUUUCUGCCCGCGUGCUCGAGCUGGAGGGGGAGAAAACUGAUCUGAUCCAGCAGUUGGAAGUGGAGAGAAGCGACCGGGUCCGUCAUGCAGAGGAAGCGGUAGAAUCCUUCAAGUCAUCUCCCGACUUCACGGUGGUCGCGAUGGAGCAGAUGGAAGAGCUAACGGCUGCUUGGCUCAAAACUGAACCUGGGGCUCAAUGGAUGGUCAAGGGGGGCACCAAGUCCUUCAAUUGUGGACUCUUCCGCGCCCAGCACGUCUUCCGUGACACACUGGCUCAGCUCCCCAAAGGAUUCUCUCUUCCCGACCUUGGCUUCCCUCCUCCCUGCCGUUCCUUGGCCGAGUUCGACCCCAGUCCUUAUCUGGACGGGGGGAGCUCGAGUGCGUCGGAAGAAGAGGAAGAAGAAGAAGUGGAAGGCGGAAUUCCUGUAUCUUUGAAUCUUUCUGAUGGGCUGGCUCCUUCUUCGCCGGAGCCUGCCUCCUCCCCCAAAUCAGUCAAUUCUAAUGACUGGGGAGGACUGGACCCUUACGAAUUCUGCCGCCGAUUGCCUCGCCGGCAGUGGCCAUCGGUGAAACCGCCGCCACUACCACCAAACCCUUAUGAUGACUUCAGUGAAGCAUACAAGGCCCUCUCCGCCAACCGCCUGCCUGACGGAAGGAUUGACUGGGACGCUCCAUGCCCCCUCCAUUCCCUGCAAUGCAUGGCCUGGGAGAGCUUUCAGGAUGAGCACUUACCCCUCCUAGAGCAUGAGUGCGCAUACUACACAAGUCUUGAGCGAUGGACUGGCGAAAGUCGCACCGGUUCGCCGGUGAGGCCUAAGGAGGAGGCUGUGUUGGGGGAAGAACUGGGUUCCAGUCCACCUCGCCCCACCGACCGUGCAACUCCCCGGAGAACCCGUAGGCGACCUGGAGUAGCUCGAUCAGCUUCAGGAUCUCCAUCCUCAUCCAGGUGAUGCUGGUUGGGGUUCUGGAAGAAGUGAGCCGCCCUCCGUCCUUCCUUGGUAUUCGAAGGACGGUGGGUUUUUGCCGAGGCUGGGGGCGACCGAUCCUGUUCCGCGUCGGGGAAGAAAGGUGGUCGUCCUGG